CUUCAACUUCCGGAUUACCCCCCUUCCGCAAACCCCAACCAAACUCCCCAAACGCCCACGCCGAGCCGACCUCCCGAGCCUAGACGUCCACUAUAACGAUUCCUCGAUCGAACCGCUUGCGAAGGAGAAGCUCGGCCAAUUGGGGCAUACGAAAGGGGCCGUUACUCAGCACGAGAAUUAUUGUCCGGGACAACCGAGCUCGAAACCACUGCGAUCCCCUUGGCAAGAGUGUAUCAACGUUCACUCAGCCUUGCUCCUCGAUUCAUCAGAAACAGAGAAUUAUUGCAGGCUUUUUGGAUAACAGGGUCUGCUGCUGGGCCGGUUGGAAUACUGAGCACAAGGCUGAGCCUGGCUGCGACGACUAAGCUUGACGACCCGGUCUAAACCGAACUGGGAUCCGACCAGCUGCUCUCGCCUUGAGAACAUCAGUGUGCCCGCCUCUUUUGAAGUAGUUGUUGUGUUUCUUUUGAGCAGGUGGAAGUCACAGGCAGCCAGGAGACUGUUGCUUCUCCCCUCUUUCAGCUCUUUCUCCCUUCAACCCAACAUCGACUACCGAAAGAUCAACACUAUCAAAAUCCCACCAUAAACAGCAAAUCGCCAUCAUGACGCUCUCGCGCCUCCUUCUCCGAGGCAACACCAGCCAGGCGCUUCGAGCCGUGGCCGUGCCUGGCCUUGCGCUCAGCUUCUCCCACCAAGCUCGCUACUACUCAGCGGAUGCUGGCAAGAAGGACGAGAAUGUGACAAGUGAGAACAAGCAGGAGGAUAGCCCUCCUCCUUACACUCACCGUGGCUCUGCGAUCAACUUUCACUGGGGCCGCGAGAAGAAGGAGAGGACUGGCCCGACUCUGUCGGCGGACAACUGGGAGGAACACCCUGAUGCCAAGAUUGAAGAUUUCGAGGAACUCCCAUACAAGGAGUUUGGCAUCAACCAGCACAUGGAGGUUAAUGCCGAGUUCAAAAAGGUUCUGACCGAGGUUGUCCGGGAAUUCCGCGCUCCUGUCAUGUACGCCAUGGCGUACGGCUCAGGUGUCUUCCCGCAGUCCAAAAUCAGCCGUUCUGUGUCGGACGAGGAAUUUCGCGCUGUCCACCCGAAGCCGUCUCCUUCGUUGAUGGAAGUGCAGAAAGGCGGCCCCAAGAUGAUUGACUUCAUUUUCGGUGUGACCCACACCCAGCACUGGCAUUCGCUCAACAUCAGGCAGCACCGUGACCACUACUCUGGCCUGGCCAGCUUCGGUUCGGGCCUCGUCUCUACCACCCAGGAUCGCUGGGGCGCAGGUGUCUACUUCAACCCCUACGUCACCAAGAAGGGCAUGCUCAUCAAGUACGGCGUCACGUCCAUCGACAACCUCUGUACCGACCUCUCGACCUGGAACAAUUUGUACCUCGCGGGAAGACUUCACAAGCCGGUUAAGAUCCUGCGUGACCACCCCCGAGUUCGCCUCGCGAAUCAGGUCAAUCUGAUCUCGGCGGUCCGCACAGCUCUUCUACUUCUGCCUCCCAAGUUCACCGAGAAGGAGCUCUUCUCGACCAUUGCCGGUAUUUCGUACCUCGGUGAUCCGCGCAUGUCUCUCCCCACCGAGAACAAGAGCAAGAUCUCCAAUAUUGUGGACAACAACAUGGUCUCCUUCCGCAAGCUAUACGGCCCGCUGCUCAAUACUCUCCCCAACGUUGACUUCGCCGACGGAGCCGACCAGCAGAGCAAGCAUGUCGCCGACGCCGAGUACGACGGCGCCAUGUACCAGGACAUGGACCCCAUUAAGCGUGGCAACAUAGUCCGUCGCCUGCCCAAGGCCUUCCGCUCACGCCUCUACUUCCAGUACCAGAAGAAGUUCAUGGUACCGACUGCUGACUUCAAGGCCAUGAUGGAUGCCUCCAAGGACGAGGACGCCGUAAGCUUCAAGCGUCGCGAGGGAGGUGGCUUCGAGCAGCGUAUCGUCCAAGAUGAGCCCGAGGAGCUGCAAAAGUCCAUUCGCAAGGUCAUUCGCCAGACCGUAAACUGGCCCGCAACCGCCCAGUCAAUCAAGGGCUUCUUUACCGCGGGCGUCGGCCGUUCCGUUCGGUACAUGUCUGAGAAGAUGACGAAGUACAACGAGGGCAAGGCGAAAGCCAAGGCCAAGGCUGAUGAAGAGAAGAAGCAGCCCACUGAGGAAGCAGAGAAGCCCAAGAAGGAAGAGUGAGCGCGCCUUGACGUGCGAUUCGCGAAUUGCACUCGCUGAUCCGGUGUAAAUUUCACGGCCCCGGCUUGACGCCUGACGACCUCUUGAUUUGGCGACAAUCUCGCAGUUGGUACAUACCGAACUACCCAUCGACGCUCUUGGCCUCGACCUGUACAUUUGGCAAAGGGGGCAUUACCCAGAGCAUUCUUGCACCUCUUAUCAUCGGAGUUUAUCGAGGAUUCUCUGGAGGAUUGUGGUCUCCUAGCCCCUGCAACUGAUUCUUCAAACUUGCCCUACUCAACCCCUUGCCUGGGGCUUUCUUUUGUUUCGCCUUGCUUUGGACAACCUGCAUCAGCAUUGGGGUGUGGUACCCCGGAUUAGAUCUGGAAGGUGGGCAAAAAAGGGAAAUUGGGUUUUACAAAAAUCUCGCUCCAUACCUGUUACGAGAGGAGGAGGAAAGGCCUUGAUUUUUGGUGAUCCUUCUGACUUACGCAGUGUCUCUGGAUACUAUCGAGAGACUUGGAAGGGGGGUAUUGUCGUUCGGAGUGGACAUUUCGGGAAGCGGACCCCUUUUUGAUUGACGAGAGAGGAUGAAAUUUGGCGUUUUUGAGGGCAUGUAACAAGAGUAUUCACCGGGAAGCGAAAAUGCCCCGAAGGCCACUUUGGCAGAUUUGAAUGAGGU